GUGGUCCCCAUCCUUCCGCCUCUGUGUAAGUUUAUGUCUGAUCGAUAUCCUGGAAGCUUGGAUCAAAUGAAAAAGUGGAUAGAGAUUGGUUUUCCAUCAAACGGAAGUUUGAGUGAAAAUCAAUUAAAACAGUUGGAGGUAUCACUGGGGGAAAUGGAGAGGAACGCAACAGCUCAGCAUGCAGCCUUAUCAAAAAAAAAAAAAGCAGAAGAAGAAUGUAAAAUUUGAGGCUGACUGGGAAGCAUUUAAUAAGUGGAAAUUUGAGUCUGAGAGAAGGGAGAGAAAGAGAUUGAAAGCAUUCAAUGCACUGGGAAACAUCGAUCCUGUAAAGGAUGCUAACAUACUUUCCACUAUUCACCAAAAUACUGUGUGCCCUUGUCUUUCUGAGGUACUGAGGAAAUCAUUGGAUCCAGGACUGGACUCCGCCCCCCCCCCUGCUCCUCCAGCCUACGUGCAGCAGCCCUCCCAGUCAAAUGCAGCACACGUUUCAGCAGACAUGACAAGAGGACAGCAGCCAGACUCAAGCACCGAGACGACCUCCUCACCGGCCGUGACCCGCCUACAGUCUCAACAGGGGAGGGUCAUGUUGCAGGAAGAGAGGGGGGCUACAGCUCUCAUGCCGAUGAAAGAAGGGGUGGGGGCAGAAGGGCCACAAGAGACAUGCAGUUUCUGUCUGUCACACCUGACGACAGCCCUUGACACUCAAUGCAGCUUCACCGGACACAGUCCAAGAGGGACACAGACUUUGGAACAAUGCAAAGACCAUCUGGAAGAGCGUUUCGUGAGCGGGACGAGACCAAAACUCCGGCAGAUGGUGAGAAAAUCAUAUGUUCCACUAACAGAUGUCCUAAAGCACGCUGAACAUGCUAAGGCGGAGUUGCACAGAAAGGAGAUGCUUGCAAUGAUCAACACGCUUGCAAGGCAAAUACGGAAUAUUCCUCCAUGGCAACGUGGGAGGACAAGAGGUCAUACCAGAGGUCAGGGAAGACAAAGAGGUGGGGGCAAGCGCAGAAGUAGAAAUAACGACCCAGACGUCUGCCAUUGCUGUGGGAAGCGUGGACACUGGCAAGCUGAUUGUCCGGAGAAACAAACAGGGCCUGCAACCGCACGUCUGACUGAGGGGAGGGGAGGGAGGGGCGGACCCCAGAGAUGGACAGCCUCUCCACAGGAAAGCAGGUAGCACACAACACUUCACAUGCACAAAAUUUCACAAUGUAUGCCAACAACCCAGGCUUAUCUUAUUUCAUUUGCACGCACACACAGUACUGCAGCAGGAAAUUAUAUGCAGCCAUUACAUUGUACAUCCCAUGUGAGCGUAGGGCCAGAUAGAAUAUACGAGGAAGCAUGGUAUGAUCAACAGGUAGAAACAGAGAGUUUAGACCUGAAGCAUGUUUACUGGUCAGAGGAGGCUGCUGCGGUGUCUGUGUCUCUCUCUCCAUCCCAGGGGAAACUGUUCCUUGGAACCACUCCUCACGUAUCAUUGGCUAAACCGUCACACUGGAAAAGGCAGGAUCUGGGUCCGUGGCUACAACAACGUAUCAACCUCUUGGACUUUAGACCGGGUGCAGAAGACUCGAGGAUCGAAACUAGCGCUAUUGCAGCUGGAGAAGCCAUGGAUUAACAUCACGGGACAUUGUGGGCUAUUCUGAUGUCACACUUAUAGUCCCGCAUGCAGUUUCCCAGAAGACUUCUCACCUCUCUGCUCAGAGAUGGUUCAGAUAUCAUGUUGGAAUAGCGUGACAUUACGGUAAAACGCUGCGAUGAACUUAACUCAACUACACUUCUUCCGACUGCAGAUGAUGGAGAGCCUCAUGAUAGGGUCCAGGUAUUGCAACAGACAUGCAUCCCGAGACCUGAUCUGUUGGACACACCUCCUUCCAAUGCAGAUUCAAGCUAUCUGUAGCUAUCCAGCUCACCCACAACGGGGCAGCGGUCAGGUUGUAUGUUACAUCACAUCACACACUUGUUGGUGUCAGGCUUACUGCACACCGAUCAGAACAAGCAGCAGAGCUGAUUGCACUCACAGGGGAAUGUAAGGUAGCUAAGAAGGUCAAACUAACAAUUACACAGGUUCACUUCAUGUAUCUGGAACGUACAUGACCUUGGGCCUCUGUGGAAGACACAGAGGAUUUCUAACAGUGGCAAACCUAUCACACCACACGGUGGGUUUCAGCUGUUUUCAGUCGUUAAAUGUGAAGCUCACAUCUCUUCUUUUGACCUGUGUCAAUAGUAAACAUAGUGGCAGAUCUGGUGGCAAAGGCGGCAGCCUUAUCG